GCGUGUGUGUGUGUAGAUCAGACUUGUGAGGAUGCCACUUGUCCGUUCUCUGGGAUGGUGACCCUGCGGUCUCAGACUGAGCUCUGUCUCAUGCUGUUUGACAUUUCCCAGCAUUCCCUGCCUGGACGCGUUGCCUUCACCAACACUUACUAUGGAGGAGACGACCCACACACACACAGGGUCGUCUAUGUCAACGGUGGAGUCGACCCGUGGAAGGAGCUGUCGGUGCUCAGGGACAGGACGGAGGAAGGAGAAGAAGCUCAGACCGUUUUCAUCAAGGACUCUGCUCACUGUGCGGAUAUGAUGAGCAGCAGAGUCACAGACCGCCGCUCGCUCAGGGAAGCCAGAGCGGAGAUUAGGAAGCAUGUGGAGAGGUGGCUGAAGAUGGCUGCCCAGGAGAAGAUUGAGAAAAGGAGGCAGUGAUCACAUCACAUUAUAGCCUGGUCAGCUCUUAUCACUGCUCCCUGGAACAGAUAAGAAGCAGCUUCAUCAUCAUCAUCAUCAUCAUCAUCAUCAUCAUCUUCCUCCUUCAUUUCCUCUCUACGCCCCUCCUGUUCUCCACCUCCUCCACAUCCACCCACAACUGUCUCAGCACUGCGCUUAAUCUG